CCGCCCGUCGGAGCCCGGACCCUCCCCCGCGCCAGCAGAUCCAGCGGCGUGCGGACAAGGGGCCAGAUCGCGCCCGCGAGAUGGCGGCGGCGGCCGUGAGCGGCGCUAAGCGGAGCCUGCGGGCCGAGCUGAAGCAGCGUCUGCGGGCGGUGAGCGCCGAGGAGCGGCUGCGCCAGUCCCGCCUCUUAACCCAGAAGGUGAUUGCCCACAGUCAGUAUCUAAAGUCCAAAAGAAUUUCCAUCUUUCUGAGCAUGCCAGAUGAAAUCGAGACGGAAGAGAUCAUCAGGGACAUUUUCCAACAAGGCAAGACCUGUUUUAUCCCACGGUAUCAGUUCCAGAGCAAUCACAUGGAUAUGGUGAAAUUAGCAUCGCCCGAGGAAAUUUCUUCCCUUCCCAAAACAUCCUGGAAUAUUCAUCAGCCCGGGGAGAAUGAGAUUCGAGAGGAGGCCUUGUCAACAGGGGGACUUGAUCUCAUCUUCAUGCCUGGUCUUGGGUUUGACAACUGUGGCAACCGUCUGGGGCGGGGCAAGGGCUACUACGACGCCUACCUGAAGCGCUGUCUGCAGUCCCAGGAUGUGAAGCCCUACACCCUGGCCUUGGCUUUCAAAGAACAGAUUUGCCUCCAGGUCCCCAUGGAUGAACAUGACAUGAAGGUCAUCUGCUUUCCAACACUGCAAGUGAACCUGUAGAGACGCGAGUCUGCAAGGUAAAUGUGUGUGCAUGUGCAGGAGAUGGGUGAGGAUAAAGAAGGUAAGAGAAUCCCUGGAGGUAUGUCUCAACUUUCAGUGUCACCUGAGUUCCUUUUGGGACAGAUACAAGGGUCAGAUACAAGGUCUAGCUAUCAAUCAGGAUGCAACAGAAGCUGGAAUUCAAGCUGGCAUAAACAACUCGGGCUAUAAAACUAGCAGUCCAGGGGUAAGGUGAUCUUGAUGUUGACUUAGUCCAGUGGCAUCCUUUAUUUUCCUGCAGUCCUCUUGGCUCUGCUCUGUGCAGGCUAGCAACCGAGUUCUAGACCUCACAGGCAGGUGCAACCUUGUCUAGUGUCUCACUGGGCCCAAGUGGGUCAACUCUGAGGAUGGUGAAAAACCUGGUCCUGAUUAAUGUCAUCCUGGGAUCUCAACCCAUUCAUUGGUAAAGAUGGGAACAGCAUGACCAACUUGACCAGUCAGGAUGCUCCCUCAAACUGCUACAUGUCGGGGGUUGUGUGGAGUCCACUCACUGGCUUUGAGUCCUGUCCCCUCACCUCGGGACACUGAGAACUCUGCUGAAGGACUAGCAAUUAACCCAGCUUUGCUAGGGCACUGAUGAUGGAGCAGUACAUAUUAUGUGACGCCUUCCAGUAUCAGAGUAGCAUAUGCAGACAAGCCUUGUGGAGAGGCACAGCUUGCCCAAGACAGUGACUAAUAGCAAAACCUGGGGCAUUGUGGCAGUAGGUCAGUGGCUAAUAAAACCACUCAGCAAUGAAUAUGUGGGAUAAAGCCUAGAAGCCAUUUGGACAAUCCUUCAUAUAUAGGCCAUGUUCUUAGAAUAAAACAUAGAUAAAUGAUACUCAGAUAAAGAUGUCUUCUCUUUAAAUCAAGCCUUCCUUUUAUUCAGGCAAAUUAAAAAAAAAAAAAAUCCGAGAGCAGAGGCUUUGCUUCUCUGUGCCGUAGCUCUGCACCAUUGGUUCAGUCUCAUUUCAGAGAUGCAGGAAUUUAUAAUUGGUUUUUCAAUUGUCACUGAGGCACCUUAAUGGCUUCUUACAAAUUAUUUGUUGUAUGAACAACAUUGAUGGAAGCCAAACUGGAAAGAAAAAAAAAAUUAACCCAUACUCAGACCACUCUAACCAAUCAAGCUAUUUAUAUUUAUUCAUGUUUUGCUCAAGCUUUCGCCCAUGGGCACACAGCAUUUAAUCAUAGGACAGUCAUCAUUUAUAUGUUGUGAGCAUCUUCUUGUUCCUUGUGUAAUUGUCAUAAUUAUGUUUUUUGGUCUAUAAUGGAUUCCUGGAAAUAAAAAUUGGUGGCUGUCUUUGACAAAACCAUGCCCUCACUCUCUCCAGUGUCCCACCCAGAUUGGGAAUUGUGGUUAAUUCCCCCAACGCCUGUUUUAUUUUUAUGUUAAGAGAAUGAGUGCUCUCUCACAAAGGAAGGUGUGCUACCCUAGGGAGGCAUGAAUUGCGUGUCUCCAAAGGAACACCUACUCCUGCAGAUUUUCUUCCCUUAUAAUCUUGCUAUUUUAAUUACACAUAUAUCUUUCUUGGCUCUAUUAUUUAGGAGUUACAGCCUGUAUACUUCCCAAAACAAUGGUGUGGUUUAAGGAGAGAGACUGUGGGAAGCCUAAUUAGAGAUUUGUCCUAGGAUUGAGUCCAGACCUGGGAAAGGAAGUGAGAGUAAGACAUUACAGGGGAGCUCAUCCCUGGCAUUUUUGCCCUGACUCUUCCUUCCCAUGGAAGACAUCUUUAAUCAGUUAUGAUGCUCUUUCACACCAAGCUUGGGUUCACCUUCCAAAAUCUUUCUUAACACUGUCCUUGAGGUGCCACUAUCCAUCAAUAACAGUUGACAUGUGAGAUGAAAUCUACUUACUGUGUCUGGUGUUGAGGAUGGUGUACAGAGCUAGGGAAAAAGAGCAUUCUGAAUUUGCCAUGGAUUAUCUCUAUAACCGGACGCAUUUAAAGAUUACACUGUGAGGACACUGGGAAGGAAGGUUUGAAUUCUGGAGAGGGCUUGGGUGACUCAUUUUACAGAAAAUUCCAGUAAGUGUCCUACAGCAACCGGUGUAGCACUGGAAAGUUUAUAAGAGGAGUCCACACCCUUGAACUAUUCAUGGGGUAAAAGGGGACUAAACCUUGGUAUUGAGACCUUCAGAGGGUGUACUCCCUGAACACUUUCUUAUUUUCUUAAUAUCCCCUCUCUGAUCCUCUUCCUAUUUUCCCCACAGCCCCCAUUAUGAGUUCUGUCAUCUGAUGUCAGCCUUUCUCAGGAUACAUCACUCUUGCCCUAAACUUUUACUGGCCCCAAAGUUGGGGA